ACACACCAAAGUUCCAAUAGUUUGUUGUCUAUAUAUCUACUACAAUGAAGCUUUCAUUUACUCUUACUUUGAGCGUUGCUGUCUGCGUUGUAGCUCAGCCUGUCGCCAAUGUAGCCCGCACGAAGUUCCCCGGUGGAGUGGGCAAAACCCUUUUUGAGCGGGAGCACCAAGCAAGUAGAGGCCAAGAAGGAACAGAUGUUGGUUGCUCGUGGGGAAUAGGAGUAUCUGCGGACGAUUGCCACCCGUAGAAGUAUGUGAGAAG